AUGUCUCCAUUCAACCCACUUACCUCAAUUUUGAACCAAAACAAGCUAGAAGGACCAAAUUAUGUUGACUGGAUAAGGAACCUUGAUAUUGUCCUAACUGCUGAAGGUUACAAAUUUGUAAUCUCUGAGGAGUGCCCAGAAAAAACUGAAAAUGCUACGGAUGAUCAUGUCAAGGCCUAUGACAAAUGGGUUAAGGCUGAUGAGAUAGCGCGAUGUUACAUUCUUGCCUCUAUGGCAAAUGUUUUGCAACAUCAGCAUCAGUCCAUGGGGUCUGCUUAUGAUAUGCUCGAAAGUCUCAAAGAGAUGUUCGGUGAGCAAAAUCGCGCAGCUAAGCAGACAGCCAUGAAAGCCCUUUUGAACACGAAAAUGGCUGAAGGAUCAUCGGUCAGGGACUAUGUUCUGAAGAUGAUGAGUCUUCUGAAUGAACUGGAGGUCCUUGGAGCUGUGAUUGAUAAGGAGUCUCAAGUUGAGAUGGUCCUGCAGACUCUUGCCCGACAGUUUUCAACAGUUUUGCUUGAACUAUAA